UGACUCAUUGACUUGGUAUCGAUCAGACCAUUUUCUGGUGAUCCAGUUUGUAGAUCUAUUGAGUAUUUCUUUUCUUACAUUCCUCUUAGUCUUAAGCUGCUCGAUCAUCGCUGACCAGGUGUGAUUGAUUAAUGGCUUCUUCCUUCUCCCUCCUCCUCCUCCUCCUCCUCCUUCUUCUUCUUCUUCUUCUUCUUUUUCUUCUUCUUUUCAGAGGGGAAGACACUCGCAGGGGCUUUGUCAGCCAUCUCUACAAAGCUCUGCGUCAGAAACCAAUCAACACCUCUUCUUCUUCUUCGUCGUCUUCUUCUUCUUCUUCUUCUUCUUCUUCUUCUUCUUCUUCUUCUGGCCUUGGUUUGAAAUACGAUGUGUUCAUCAAUUUCAGAGGGGAAGACACUCGCAGGAGCUUCGUCAGCCAUCUUUACAAAGCUCUGCUUCAGAAACCAGUCAACACCUUCAUUGAUUCCGAAGAGCUCAGAAAAGGCGACCGCCUUUCCUCCGAGCUCCUGACAGCGAUUCGAGAGUCACAGCUUUCGAUUGUAGUUUUCUCUCAAAACUAUGCUUCUUCCACUUGGUGCUUGAAAGAACUCGUGGAAAUCCUGGAAUGCAGCGAUAACAAGAACCAAAUUGUGGUCCCCAUUUUCUACGAAGUCGAUCCAUCCGAUAUUCGUAAACUCAAGGGAAGUUUUGCAGAAGCUUUUGCUAAACAUGAACGCCAUUCUAACGUUGACGUGAAGGAGGUGCAGAGCUGGAGGUCUGCUCUUGCCAGAGCCACCGAUUUAUCCGGUUGGAAUUCACUAAAUUAUAAGGAUGAUGCAGAGCUUAUUGAGAAAAUUGUAGAAGAUGUUUUUCGGAAAGUGAUCCACAUCUCAUCAACAUCAAGCAAAGAUAAUGGCUUGGUUGGAAUGGAUUAUCAUAUGCAUGAAAUGCAUUUACGAUUACAUCUUGAUCCUCCUGGGGUGGAAUUGGAUGAUGUUCGCGUUGUUGGAAUAUGGGGUAUGGGUGGUUUAGGCAAAACAACCAUCGCUAGAGCUGUUUAUAAUGAAAUCUCUCGUCGAUUUGAAGCUUGUUGCUUUCUUGAAAAUGUCAAGGAAGAUUUCAUGAAGCACGGCAAACUACAUAUGCAGACAGUACUUAUAUCUAGUGUCUCGAACAACAAAGUGGGGAGUUCCGACAUUUCGAAGAAUGGUUUCCAGGUGAUGUUAAAUAGCCUAGGUCAGAGAAAAGUUCUUAUUGUUCUGGAUGAUGUGGACACAUUAGAACAAAUUGAAGCUUUACUUGGAGGGCAACAUUCCUUUGGUGGUGGAAGUAGAAUCAUUAUAACAACUAGAGAUUCGCAAUUACUAAGCUUAGCUGAUGCUAUAUAUAAACCCAAGAUUUUGAGUGAGCCACGAGCUCUGGAACUCUUUAGGCGGUACGCCUUCAAAAAAAACCAACCCACUAGAGAUUAUUAUAUUCUCUCGAGUCGUGCCGUAAAAUAUGCUCAAGGUCUGCCUUUAGCACUCAAGGUCUUGGGAGCUUUUCUUUAUAACAAAACUGUACGUGAGUGGGAAGAUGUCUUCGAGAAAUUAAAGGACGUCCCGCAAAGCGGGAUUAAUGAUGUGCUUAGAACAAGCUUCAAUGGACUAGAUCAUAAAGAGAAGAAGAUCUUUCUAGACAUUGCAUGUUUCUUUAAAGGAAUGAAAAAAGACUAUGCAACCGAAAUUCUGGAUAGCUGUGAUUACAAUCCUCAUGCUGGGAUAAGAGUUCUAAUGGAUCGAGCUCUCAUAACUAUCUCAGUGAAUGGGGAACUGGAUAUGCAUGAUUUACUAGAGGAAAUGGGUCGGGAAAUAGUUCGCCAAGAAUCUAUCGAAGAGCCUGGAAGACGAAGUAGGUUGUGGAGUUAUGAAGAUGUCCAUCAUGUGCUAACUCAAAAUAAGGCUACAAAAGUAGUUGAAAGCAUAAUCCUGGAUUUAUCGAACUCAGAUGAGGUAUGCUUAAAUGCUGAAGCAUUUGUUAGUAUGACCCAACUAAGACUUCUCAAAAUCAGUCACGAGAAGUACAAUUACUGCAAACAGCACCUGAUUGGGCACUUCAAGUUUCUUUCUCGUGAGUUGAGGUGUCUCUCCUGGCUUCGAUUCCCCCUUAAGUCUUUGCCAUCCAACUUUCAAUUCAAAAAUCUUGUUGACCUUGACAUGCAAUACAGUCUCAUUGAGCAACUUUGGGAAGGAAUCCAGACGCUGGAAAAGUUGAAAUUCAUCAAUUUAAGUUAUUGUCAAUACCUUAAGGAGACCCCAGACUUCACAAAGGUGCCAAAUCUUGAGAGGCUAAUCCUUCAAAAUUGUAUAAGUUUAGUUGAGGUUCACCCAUCUAUUUGGACUCUUACAAAACUUGUUUUAUUGAAUUUGAAUGGGUGCAAAGAACUUAAGAUUCUAGCCAGCAACAUUCAUAUGCGCUCUCUUAAAACCCUUGAUCUUUCUGGUUGCUCAAAGCUUGACAAGUUUCCUGAGAUUUUAGAAGUUAUGGAGGAACUAUCACAUCUUAAUUUAUCCGGGUCAAAAAUUAAAAAAUUGCCCUCGUCUAUCGAUAAUCUCACGGGGUUGAACUAUUUGAACCUAAAAGAUUGCAAGGAACUUAAGAGUCUUCCAAGCAGCAUUCAUAUGAAAUCUCUCAAACACCUUAAUCUUUUUGGCUGCUCGAGUCUUGAGAUGUUUCCAGAGAUUUCAAAAGUUAUGGAGAAACUAUCAUGGCUUGAUUUGUCUGGGUUAAAAAUUAAAGAACUGCCCUCGUCGAUUAAUAAUCUCAUGGGGUUGAGUUCUUUGUACCUAAAAGAUUGCAAGGAACUUAAGAGUCUUCCAAGCAGCAUUCGUAUGAAAUCUCUCAAAACCUUUAAUCUUGAUGGUUGCUCGAGUCUGGAGAUGUUUCCAGAGAUUUCAGAAGUGAUUGAGGGGUUAAAAGCUCUUAAUUUAUCUGGGUCAAAAAUUAAAGAACUGCCCUCGUCGAUUAAUAAUCUCACGGGGUUGAGAUAUUUGGACCUAAAAGAUUGCAAGGAACUUAAGAGUCUUCCAAGCAGCAUUCCUAUGAAAUCUCUCAAAACCUUUUAUCUUUGUGGCUGCUCGAGUCUUGAGAUGUUUCCAGAGAUUUCAGAAGUGAUGGAGAAACUAUCAUUGCUUGAUUUGUCCGGGUCAAAAAUUAAAGAACUACGCUUGUCGAUUAAUAAUCUCACGGAGUUGAGAUAUUUGGACCUAAAAGAUUGCAAGGAACUUAAGAGUCUUCCCAACAUCAUUCGUAUGAAAUCUCUCAACACCCUUGAUCUUUGUGGCUGCUCGAGUCUUAAGAUGUUUCCAGAGAUUUCAGAAGUUAUGGAGAAACUAUCACGACUUAGUGUGUCCGAGUCAAAAAUUAAAGAACUACCCUCGUCGAUUAAUAAUCUCACGGGGUUGAAGUAUUUGGACCUAAAAGAUUGCAAGGAACUUAAGAGUCUUCCAAGCAGCAUUCAUAUGAAAUCUCUCAAAACCCUUAAUCUUUGUGGUUGCUCGAGUCUUGAGAUCUUUCCAGAGAUUUCAGAAGUGAUGAAGAAACUAUCAUGGCUUGAUUUGUCUGGGUCAAAAAUUAAAGAAUUGCCCUCGUCGAUUAAUAAUCUCACGGGAUUGAAGUAUUUGGACCUAAAAGAUUGCAAGGAACUUAAGAGUCUUCCAAGCAACAUUCAUAUAAAAUCUCUCAAAACCCUUGAUCUUUGUGGCUGCUCGAGUCUUGAGAUCUUUCCAGAGAUUUCUGAAGUGAUGGAGAAACUAUCAUUGCUUGAUUUGUCUGGGUCAAAAAUUAAAGAACUAUGCUUGUCGAUUAAUAAUCUCACGGGGUUGAGAUAUUUGGACCUAAAAGAUUGCAAGGAACUUAAGAGUCUUCCAAGCAGCUUUCCUAUGAAAUCUCUCAAAACCCUUGAUCUUUGUGGCUGCUCGAGUCUUGAAAUGUUUCCAGAGAUUUCAGAAGUGAAGGACAACAAAGACGACGGCGGCGAUGCCAAGAAUAAGCCGCUGGAGAAAUCCAAUUACGAAAAAACCAAAGAGCAUCCGGUGAGGAUGGCGGUUCUGAAGCUGAACCUCCACUGCCAGGGAUGCAUCCAUAAGAUCCACAGGAUUGUCACCAAGACGAAAGGGUUCACCUACAUGAGCAUCGACAAGGAGAAUGAGCUGCUGAUGGUGAAGGGCUCGAUGAACAUGAAGGUUCUGGCCGAGAGCUUGAAGGAGAAGCUGAGGAGAAAGGCAAUGGCCAAAUGGACAGAACAUGUCAGGAGAGUAAUCUCUGAGAAUGGGAUUGAAGGACCCCAUGAAGAUGGUCACAGCUGGAGAAAAUAUGGGCAGAAAGACAUCCUAGGAGCCAAAUAUCCAAGAAGCUAUUACAGAUGCACGUACCUGUUCACGCAAAAAUGUAGGGCCAGAAAGAAAGUGCAAAGAUCAGAUGAAGACCCCACCGUCUUCGAAAUCACAUACGAAGGGAAGCAUACAUGUUCUCAUGGCGGCAGUUCAGUUCCACCGCCACCAUCACCAGAAAAGCAAGAACGAAAACGACACAAUCAUAACAAUACUUAUCAACAACAGCAGUCUCAAGGAAACCAAAUGAGCUUCCCAACUAAUCUGAGAGUCAAUACUGAGAACUUAGACGACAGAGAGAACACAGCAUCUCCAUUCUCUUUUACCUCAUCUCCAUUCGGAAGUAUCAGCGUUGACGCCUUCCUAUCUUCGAUGCUUGAUGAUAAAAGUCUUUUUGCCAGUCCACCAGAAAAGUCAUUGGUUCUCAUUCAUUAAUUCUAUUAUCAUCAUUGUGCUUUUGAUGGGAUUGCUUGCUUUGCUCAUAGUGCGACGCCUCAAGAACAAUAUGAAAAAGUUCUCAAACAGUGGCGAAGAAGAAGACGAGGAGGUUGGCUGGAAAUACAUUCAUGGUGAUGUUUUCAGAUAUCCCCCAAACAUGUCAUUGUUUUGUGCUGUCUUGGGCGUGGGUACCCAACUGCUUGCCAUGCUGUUUGUCUUAUUUUUGCUAGCAUUUUUUGGUGUCCUAUAAUCCGUAUAAUCGUGGAGCUUUGUUCACUGCUCUUGUCUUUAUAUGUACUACUUCAAUCAUCGGUGGGUGCUGCUGCUUUCCACAAUCAAUUUUCAGUGACAGGAUGGGUAAUUUUCUUCGUCAUAUUCUUCUAGGAUUAGUCUUUCUAUUAGAGAGCUUUCUACCUCGAUUGAAUGAUUUCAGGGGCUUGAGUAUUUAAAUCUGAGAAACUGCAAAAGCCUUGUACAUCUUCCCAACACUCUGUAAUUUGGAACACCUUGUAGCUCUCAAUCUUUGCGGAUGCACAAAUCUUUCUCAUUUACCUGUCAACUUUGAGGAUUUAGUGCGCUUGUGGGAUAAUGCAGUGGAUUUUGAUAGUGGGGAUACUGGCUUUUUCACACGUGUACUAUGCUCCUAAACAUCAUCGGCAUCCACUACAGAGAUCCGUAGUGAAGGUUUGACACAUGUACAACACCUUCCAAACAUCAUUGGCAUCCACGACGGCUACACGCCAUAUCAGAGCUCCGUUUUGCCUGGGUCCCUCGCUGCCCCAACCCCCCAAUUUCUAGGUACACUCUGCUGAUAAACACAUGGAUACGAAGCUUGGUUUUGAAGUAAUCAAUCGGUCACUAUGCCACGUGCAGUGGCUUUGUUGAAUUGGCAUGGCCUGACGGCUAGUGCACAAACUGUGAAGAUACUGCUAUGUCAAUUCCUGUUGCUAACUUGCUAAUGCCACCGGUGCUCCUCCAAUUUGUGUGAAAAGAAAUCAAAGAGAAAUGAAGCCUUUCUCGCUGAGUGAAACCAUGGUAUUCAAUACAGCAAACAAGACCUGCUACACAGCCUUUCUAGCUUGUUGGUUUUCUCCAGUUAUUGGUAGAGGACAUUUGUUAACAAAGCUUGACCGACUCUCCUUGACUCAUCCCCAAAUACUCAAAGUCCCCUCAGCGACCAAUGUCUGUCUCUCACAGUCACUCACAAUUCCACCGAAUGAAUAAGUUGCCACGACUCAAUCCACUGCAAGCACACCUCAACACCACAAACCCACCCUCACCAAGAACUCCAAAGUUUCACUUUUACUUUUUUGGAAUUGAAGUGCAGGUCACUUCUUUGGAGUUGUUCUUUUAUCUAUUAUUGUUUUGAAAUGAAUGAAGAGAGGAGGUUGAUGGUGUGUUUUGAACUGCCCUCGUCAAUUAAUAAUCUCACAGGAUUGUGUUAUUUGGACCUAAAAGAUUGCAAGGAAUUGAAAAGUCUUCCAAACAACAUUUGUCAUCUCAAGUCCCUUACAUAUGUCAGUCUUUCUGGUUGUACAAAGUUUGAGGUGUUUCCAAGCAUUGAAGAAAAUAUGGAAAGAUUAAGAGAGCUUCACUUGGAUGGAACUUGUAUCAGAGAGCUUUCCCCCUCGAUAGAACGGCUUCAGGGUCUUGUGAUAUUAAAUCUGAGAGACUGCAAAAGCCUUGUAGAUCUUCCCGACACUCUCUGUAAUUUGGAACGCCUUGGAGAUCUCAAUCUCUGUGGCUGCCCAAAUCUUUCUCAAUUACAUGUCAACUUUGAUGUUGGGCAUGCUGACAUCUUUCUCAUUAAUCACAAGCUCAUUGUGUGCUAUUUUAUCUUCUCCGUCAUCAUUUUGGUCGCCUCCCUUGGGGUAAUAAAAUUCUAGGGGUUUUGGUUGCAUCCCUCCAGGCUCAGCUAUAAUAUUCUCUCAUCGAUGUGACUAUGUCGCCAGGGAGAGGUAUGCAUCUCCACAUGUGGAAUACAUUUGAUUUUUUCUUGAGCAGAAACUGUGAAGAUAUUGAUAUGCCAAUUCCCGCUGCAAACUUGCUAAUGCCACCAGUGCUCCUCCAAUUUGGGUGAAAGGUAUUUUGCAUUUCCUUUAAUCUUAACUGCAAAUUACAGUGCAUGAGCCCUGUGAAUUUGUGUAAAUGAAGUCUUUCUUGCCAAGUGAAAUCACGGUAUUCAAUACAACGAACAAGAGCUGCUAUACAGCAUUUUAAGUUUUACAGAGCAUUGCAUGGUUGACAUCCAUCUCCCCCUAACAAAUACAAUCGAAAAGGAUCCUGAUGCAGUGUCAAAGUUUCGAAUUACUGUGCUGUUGAGGGCCAAGUUGAGGAGAAUGGGAUUGAAUCCUUGUUUGCUGUUCAGGCCAUGACAUUUGAUACCAUUUUGGAGGUUUGUAUUUGGUUGGUCGGGCUCGAACUGGACAGGCAAAUUUGAUUUACUCAAGAAGCGCAAAUUUUUACUCUGACAUCCCAAAUUGUUACCAAAAAGCACAAAAUUUUACUCAUUGUUUUGUGGUGUGUUGAAUUGGAUUGGAAUAUUUAGCUUAUUGAUGUGAUUCUUGUUCAGGUUUCUGAAUUGUAUGCUUAUUUGUUUUGCAAUAUUUCAGGGUAAACUCUAGCUUUUGUGUUGCCCGUUUUGGAGUCCGUAACAAAUGGGCCUGCAAAAGCAUUUAGAAAGACUGGUUAUGGUAGGCCUCCAACUGUUAUCGUGCUUUUACCCACCAGGGAACUUGCCAAACAGGUUUUCACCGAUUUUGAAGCUUAUGGCGGUGCUGUGGGGCUAGCAGCAUGUUGUGUAUACGGUGGAUCUCCCUACAGGUCUCAAGAAAGUAAGCUAAGGAGAGGGGUGGAUAUUGUUGUUGGAACGCCUGGCCGUAUAAAGGCAUUGACUAUUUCUCAUUGUAGCUGAGUUCUUGUGUCAGUUCGGUACUAUGCAAUAUACUUAUGAAGCUAAAUUAAAUUUGUGGGAAU